AUGAAUACUGAAGCAAGACUUGGAGAGAAUACAAAGUUCACAGUCGUUGGAGAUGGAAAUGGUUUCAUGAGUCGCGUGAUUCUUGUUGAACCCGAUUGGACGGUCCACGGUGAACAUCUCCCAAAUCGUUUUGUUCUUAAAAUCACGUCUUGUAUGCAUGUUCUCAAUGUUUUGGAUCAAAUGAAUCUUCAAGAUAAAAGUGAAUCUGCUUUAUGGUCAAUUUUUGAAUAUGAAGCACAAGGUCUGCAUAACCGAGAAGUGAAUUUAUACGAAAUUAUUGGAAAAUGGAAUAUGGAUGAUGUACUUAUGAGCCCUAAAGUUUUCUUUUCGAAGAAAUUUGAUUCUGAAAAUUUGACGAAAGGAUUUUUUGCAAUGGAAUAUGUCGAUAAUGCAAUCACAAGACAUCUGUAUAUAAACUUAAAAUCAUACGAACUUCAUUCGAUAUUAAAAUCUCUUGCCGUUUUCCAAGCUGAAAGUCUUAAGUUGAACAAAAGAGAGCAAGAAAGUGUUACUGGAUAUGACUUGGAAAAGAUUGUUGGAAAAAUGUUUAGCCAGAAUGGGCUCAACAGUAUUUUUGAACAAGUCCGCCAGAUUAACAAGGAAGAACUAUCUGAAGCUGCAGAUAAAAUUGCAGUGUUUGGCGUUGAGCUGGUUAAUUUUGAUUUGGUGAAGAACUUGAACAAUUAUUUAGGAAUCAAGAAAAAUGUUUUGGUGCAUGGUGAUUUGUGGUCAGCUAAUAUAAUGUGGAAAGAGAACAAAGACGAAUUCCGUGUCGACAAAAUUAUUGAUUAUCAGUCGAUUCAUUUGGGAAAUCCAGCCGAAGAUCUUGUGCGCCUGUUCAUUUCUACACUCUCCGGUUCCGAGAGACAAAAAUAUUGGGAAAAGCUUCUAGAGCAAUUUUACGAAUAUUUCAUAGAAGCUCUUGAAGACAAAAAUGUUCCAUAUACUCUUGAGCAGCUAAAAGAAUCAUAUCGUUUGUACUUUGUGACCGGAAGUCUUCUCAUGUUACCGAUGUUUGGUCCCAUUGCUGAGGUUAAACUCGCUGAAAUGUCAGAUCCAGAUGAAGUUAAAAAAUACCGAGAGAUUUUGACCGAGAAAACAAAACGUCUUCUAAAUGACAUGGAACAUCGGCACUUGUACACUAGAGAAAUCAUCAAAAAGUGGAAAUAGGACGAUUUCAAAAAUUAAUUCUUUGAAUACGCUUGUUUGCAAAGUUUACACGUGAUGUGUUAUCACCAGUUCGCAGUUUAAUAAAUCUAGAAA